CGGUGGCCGUGACUGCCUGAGAACUGUUGUUUCAUCUCGCAGGUACAAUGUGUGUAUAUAAGGCAAACGACGCCUCUACUCGUCACAGUCUCCCCAGCAGCCUCAUAACGCCGACAUGAAGCUCAUGCUGCUCCUCGUCGCCGUGGCAGUGGUCGCCGCCGCUCCUCAGCACCGUCACGUGCGUCAAAACUACGCCAGCAGAGGUCGGCAGCUGAGCCAGCCCCAGCCGCUGUCCCCUCCCGUGCAGAGCCUCCCGCCACAGCGGGCUUUCGCCCCCACCACCAACCAGAACUACCAACCCAUCGCCAUCAUCAGCGACAACAGGCUGGACAACGGCGACGGAAACUUCAAAUACGACUUCGAGACUGAAAAUGGCAUCGUGGUGAACGUGGUGGGCGCGCCAGGUUCGCAGGGGCAGAGCAACAUGCAGGGCUUCUACAGGUUCCCGCUCCCUGACGGCAACAUCGUCGAGGUGUCCUACGUAGCGGACGAAUUGGGUUUCCGCGCCGAGUCCCCAGUCAUCCCCACGCCCCCACCCAUGCCUGAGCACGCCCUGGAACAGAUCCGCAUCGCCCAGGAGCAGCGCGCUAGUGGAGUCACCUGGGACCAGCAGGGCUUCAGACUCACCCGCUAGACAGAGACUCACAAACGAAGCGACACUCUAUAUAGGAUUCCGUGGGAUUUUUCGAGACUCAAGCUGAUCCUGUCCUCUCAGAACGCCAAGGCACGGUCACCACUCCGCAUAUCCAGACCGGCCAGCCUCUGUGAUUCAACGAUAUCUAAGCGAUCCAAGAAAAAAAAUAUAUACUCACUGAAAAAUCCCACGGAAAGGUACACUCGAUCACGGAAGUUUCUGUAGCACACUGUAAAAAAAAACAAAUCUGCACCCAUAUAUAUAUACAGGAAUU